UCUCUCUCUCUCUAAAUGUGUUUCCAAACAACACAUAAUUAAUAUUGUAUCUAAAUAAUAUAAAAUAUUAGGUCCUAUAUUUUAAUAAUUUUUUAUUUAUCUCAUUUUCAGUGAUUUGGCUAAAACACUCAAUUCAUUUACGAAACAAAUUCAAAAAAUAAGUAUAACUAUUUUCGCAGAUUUAGAUACUGCAAUAUAAUUUUAUUUAUUAUAAAAUUAAUUAGAUAAUGUUUUAUAUUAUUUGGAUACAAGAUUAAUUAUGUGUUGUUUGAAAACACAUUUAGUAGUUGUUUGUAAACACAUUUAGUAGGAAUAUAAGGGAUAGAGUAUUAAUUAAUUUGAAUGGGUUUAACUAUAUAGUAGAAUUGUGUAUUUAAUUUAACAACUUACCAAAAAGAUGUUGGUCCAUGAGAAUAAUUCUGUUUUGAUAAAGGAGAUUGAAUUAAUGGAUUAUUUUAUUUAUAUUUUCAUAAAUAAAAACUGCAUUCACUUAAACAUAAUAAAUAUUUCUUAUUAGAUUCUUUUUCUUAGAUUGUUUUUAUUCUUAAGAGCAUAUAAUUAUUAAUGAGAGUACACCCUAUUUGUUUGCUUCAUCGCGGGUAUUAGAGCCAUAGCGAACCGACCUACCGCUAUCACAGCAGGAAAAGAAAGAGGGUCCAGGUCAGUUAUGCUUGGUUUAAAUUGAUAUUGAAUAAAUUUUAUACAAAGAAAAUGUUAAGAGUCAAUAAAUUGACAUAAAAUAAGUUUUAUAAUUUCAAAAUUUAUUAAAUAAGUAUAUAUCACACAAUUAAUCAAAAUAGUUACAGAUAUUUCAUUAAAUAUUUAUAACAAACAUGUUGAAACAAUUUAAAAACAAAAUUAAGUAAUAUAUAAUUUUCAUAUUUAAUAUAAAUAAAAAGUAAUAUAAUUAUAUAGUUUUCAAAUACACUAAAAAUAAAAUGUUUAAACUUUAAUUAUCAAGUCUUUGUUGUCCAUCUGAAUGCAGAACUACCAUUUUAGUUUGCAGAAUUAUGUUUAUGUUGCUGACAAAAAAAACUUAUCAAAAAUUGUUAAAAUAUAUUAAUUUUGUAAGUUUAGUUUUGUUAAAAAGUAUUUCCACGCUUUUAAAGGCGGGUUAGAGUUUUUUAAAAACUGAUUAAAUAUUGCAAAUUUUAGUUAAUUGACCCCCAUAAUAUAUGUUAAUUAUGAAAUUGACCACCAUAAAAGAUUUUCUUGGUUCCACCACUGCUGCUACGUAUACUUUUGUCUACACUAAUCUAAUUAACAUUUAUUAUUUUUAUGAGUUUUUUUUUCUGUAACAUACAGACAAGAAAUUGAAGUGAAGUGAGAGAGUGUGUCAAAACGAACAAGUAUGACAUACGAGUACGACGUAAGUGGAGUGGUAAAGCGUGACAUGAGCCCUCUAAAAAAAGCGUGACAUGAGGUAUAAAUUGGAUCAGAACGUUUAAAACAUAUUUAAACAAAACGAUCUAUUCUUCUCAUCAUAUCCUCUGUUUCUCCUAAAGAAAAACAAACAAAGUAAAAGGAGAAAAAACAAUGAAAUUUCUGCUUUACCUAGUAACGUGCUUUCUCCUCUUAAACGUUUUCGCAACAGCAAAAUCUCUCAUUCAAGAUUCUUGCAAGAAAGCAACAGCGAAAAACCGAAAGCUCAAACUCGAUUUCUGCCUCAAGUCUCUCGAAGGGUGUCGGCAGUGCAAAACCGCUAAAAAUCUCGGCGAACUAGUCAUGGCGACGAUGAAGAACGCUGAGUCAAAAACGAAGAGAGUGCAUGCACAGAUGAAGAAGGAUUUUGACGCGAAGAAAUAUCCCAAGGACAAUGACAUGCUGGUAAUGGAGUGUCUCAGCGAUUAUUCAGGCACUGCUCAGAUAUUGAACUUAGCUAUGGAAACCUUUGAAGAUCAUGAUUACAAAGACCUUAUCUCUCGUAUGAAUCUUGGAAUGGAUAGCUUGGAUGCUUGCGAUGAAGGAUACAAAGAAAGAUCAACGCCUCAGAUAUCUCCGUUUAUAAAAAGCAACGAGUUUUUAACUCAUUUGAUUGAGAUUCCUAUAGCUUUUACAGAGAUGUUGAAAAGAAAAUAAUUAAUUAAGACAUGGAUUAAAGAUUAUACUCUGUGGUACGGUAAGUUAAGAGUAACUGGGUUGCUCAAUAAUGUACGUAGCCUCUAGACCUUUUAAAAGUCUUGAACAGAGAAUUAUUAUCUGCAUGUGUUACACUUACAGGUAUUAGAAACUUUAGAAUAAACCGAAUCUCUUAUCGAAAUUGAAUACUAAUGCUGAUUAGUUUUGGUGUUUUUGACAAAACAAUAUCCGGUUUUUGAUACAUAUUGUCAGGUAUUUUAGUUUGUUUAAUUCGGUUAGCAAAUUUAAACACAAACAAUUCCAAAGCUUUUAAUAAUAUACAGUACAUGUUUUUUUUAGAAAGAUGUAUCCAAAACUAAUACUAAAACAAUAUCCAAAUAAAGCGAGUAAUUAGUUUCCGGAACAAGAGACAUUUUGUACAAACAAUUAAUUCGGCAAGACCCAUUCUCAAGAGAUUGUUAUACUCCGGUGACAGACCUUUCUUUUCCUUCAAAGGACGUUUCACAUAUUUGGGAGCGCCUUAUACUCUUUGCUCAUGAUCUAAGCUUAUAUUUUGCAGUGUAUAGCUUAGCAAGUGAACAACGGACAAUGUACUAGCAGGAAUUCACAAUAUUUUUCGGUUAUAAACAACCACUACCAUUCAGCAACUGUAGUAAGAAACUUUUUUUUCUUCUUGUCAACAGCAGCUACUAUACUACAUAGAACUGAAAACCAAAUCAAUGGAACAUAAUCAAUAUAAACCAUAGCAGAAUGAGAAUGUUGAGCACUGUGUGAAAGCUAGUCUGCAAUUGUGUUUUUUUGUUAUUGGAAUAUGUUUGGAUUGUGAAGUGAAGAAACAACUCUUUACACUGUUUAAAUUCCUUCAUGUAAAAAAGCGAGAAUCAGCAAUUUCGUUGAUAUAGAUAUCAUCUUCAUCUAUUGAAUGGCGAACACCACCUUCGAGAGCUAUAAGAAUUUCAUACACUCCAUAGCCCAAAUUUACACUCUGCAGAUAAAAAGGUUAUUACGAGAGAUAUGAAGCUACCAUAUAUUCAUAUAUAUCUACUUUAUUAGAUAGUUUCCUAUUUGAUAGAUUUACAUUAUUCUCUCUAGGUUUACGCCUAUGAGCAUGAGACUAUAUAUACUCUGUAAUAUCGAGAUCAAUAACACAAGUUAACAUUCAGCAAUUCAUAAGUUUGUCAUGGUAUCAGAGCAAGAUCCGUUCCUCUAAAUUUGCUGGUUUCUUUUUCUAAAAGAGCUGUCUCUGUUCUUCAUAUACGAGAAACAGAGCCGCUUAUUCAAGAUCACUGAUUCAGUCAAGUUUUGCACAAGAUGUCUAUCACCGAGGCAGUUGCAGAACCUAAAAGACGGACGAUCUCACCAUAUGAUCUCACGUCUGGAGAUAACCCAGGAGCUGUUAUUUCAUCCCUGUUGCUAAACGGUACGAACUACGACGAAUGGGCGAUUAAUUUACGUAUGGCACUGAGUUCACGCAAAAAGUUUGGUUUCAUUGAUGGGAGUAUCCCGAAACCAGCAGCGAACUCUCCUCAACUUGAAGAUUGGAUUGCUAAUAAUCAUCUGCUGGUGGGUUGGAUAAACAAGACCAUAGAACCUAAACUCAGAUCAUCAAUUUCGACAAGAGAAGUAGCAAAGGAACUCUGGGAUAUCAUCAAAAAGAGAUUCUCAAUGAAAAGUGAUGCUCGACUGCAGCAACUACGUAACUCCUUAACUACAUGUAAACAGAACGGGUCAUCAGUAGAUGACUACUUUGGAAGGCUGACAAGGAUUUGGGACGGCAUUAGGGAAUGUAUGAACACAAAACAGUGUAGUUGUGGGAAGUGUGAGUGCGACCUUAACACAGCACAUGAGGCAGAACGUGAGAUGCUUCGGGUUCAUGAUUUCCUAUCGGGUCUUGACGACUCAGCUCAUGGUGUCAUUCGCUCUCAGAUAUGUGCGAUAACACCUCUCCCAGACCUUGACAGCGUGUAUCAAACUAUAGUUCAGAAUGAAACUAUUCAGUCUACUGUGGUUCAAGAAACUCAAGUAAUGAGCUGUGCUUCUCAAGUUAAUCGGGACCAGACCCAUCGUCCGACUAAUAGCUUGCAGACAUCGUCAUCAUAUCCUGGCAACAAGGACCUAUCGAGGAAGUGUACGGUUUGUGGGCGUAUGGGUCAUGAAGCUAGCGCCUGCUUUCGAGUGGUCGGUUAUCCAGAGUGGUAUGGAACUUCUGGUCGUGGCCGUGGUGGAACAAACAAAGGUCGGGGUAUGCAGCCUCGUGCUAAUAGCACACAGAUCGUUGGGGCUAAUGCUGCUGCGGUUUCAGGGCCAGUGACACUUACAGAAGCUGAUCGUCAGGGUCUCACUGGUAUAUCGGAUGAGCAGUGGAAGAUUAUUCAAAAAAUGGUGGGACAGAAACCAAAGACAGACACUCUGAGCGGUAAGAAUGAUUGUGUUGAAUGGAUAUUAGACACAGGUGCGACCCACCAUAUGACUGGAAGAGUCGAAUGUCUGGAGGAUGUUCGCCUCAUAAUUCCAGUGUCAGUAAGGUUACCCACGGGUUUGAAUGUUCUUGCCUCGAGACAGGGGACUGUUCUCUUAAAUCCACACCUUACUCUUCAUAAUGUUUAUCUUGUUGAUGGAUUUGACACCAACCUGAUUUCUUUUGGUCAAUUGGUGACUGAUAAUGGUUUGGUGGGACAAAUAACUGAUAAAUUGUUAUUGUUACAGGACCGCAUUACGAGGGCGCUGAUUGGGAUGGGUGAAAGAGAGAGAGAGAGAGGGACUGUAUCGGAUGAGAGUUGCUGAGACGGUUACUUCGCUGACUACUAGUGUGGGUGAAGAAUCAAUCUUGUGGCAUCAUCGUUUGGGACACCCGUCUCACCGUGUCGUUAGUUUGCUUCCUGGUGUUUCUAGUAAUAAAGAUUCAUUUAAGAAUUGUGAUGUUUUCUUUCGCGCUAAACAAACUCGUCAAUGUUUUCCAGACAGUUCGACUUGUUCUAAUGCAAUUUUUGAUUUGAUUCAUUGUGAUUUAUGGGGUCCAUACCGUACUACGGCUUUAUGUGGCACUCAUUAUUUCUUAACCAUUGUUGAUGAUCAUUCCAGAGCAGUUUGGGUAUAUCUUUUGAAAGAUAAGACUUCUGUCUCACGUCAUUUACAAGACUUUGUCGCGUUGAUUCAAACACAGUUUUCGAAGAAAAUCAAGACAAUAAGGAGUGACAAUGGAACAGAAUUUCUGUGUCUCUCCAGAUUUUUCCAAGAAAAUGGGAUUCAACAUGAAACAUCAUGUGUAUAUACUCCACAACAGAAUGGGAGAGUGGAACGUAAACACAGACAUAUCCUCAAUAUUGCUCGCGCAUUGAGAUUUCAAGCACAUCUUCCAAUCGAGUAUUGGGGCGAGUGUGUUAAAACGGCAGUCUACAUUCUCAACAGAACACCAUCACAGCUGCUUAAUGGGAGAACACCUUUCGAAAGAUUAUAUGGUCGGAUCCCAUCAUUUAAGCAUCUUCGUGUUUUUGGAUGCUUAGCAUAUGCGCACAAUCAGCAUCAUCAUGGCGACAAAUUUGCAACUCGCAGUCGACGUUGUGCGUUUCUUGGAUAUCCGAUGGGGAAGAAAGGAUGGGUGUUACUUGACAUGGACACAGAAAAGGUGUUCAUUUCCAGAGAUGUGGUGUUUUGUGAGGAUCAAUUUCCUUUUGCUGCUACCUCUUAGACCUUACCAAUAAUAGAGCCAAUGCCAGAGAUAGGUGAGGCAGCGGCUGAUGACUCUGAUUCAGAGGUUGCAGAGACAGUAGAAGAACAUAUUGAGGAAAUACAGACGACAUCAGCCGAUGGAACUACUAUGGACCAGACAACGGUAGUGGCUCCUGAACCACAUAUUAACACAAUCAACACUCCUCUUGUUGAAGAAGUCGGAGCAUCUCAACAAGAAAUAGUUGACGUUCCAAAUCUGGGCAGAGGACACAGACCGAAGCUUCCAUCGUCUCGUUUACGUGAUUACGUGGUCAACACAGUUUCUCUUGAUUCCUCUCUCUCUCUCUCACUCUGCAAAAUCACCAUCUCAACAGCCGUCCUCAGGUUCGUUAUAUCCGAUCUCUGAUGUACUUACUUGUGAAAAAUUUUCUUCUCAACAUCGCAGCUUCUUGGCGUCACUGGAAUCUCAUCAUAUACCGCGUAGCUUUCAGGAAGCUGUCCGUGAUAAAAUUUGGAAUGAUUCAAUGGGUACUGAGAUCACUGCUCUAGAAGAACAACACACAUGGGAUUUAGAGCCUCUUCCUCCGAAUAAGAAAGCGCUAGACAGCAAAUGGAUUUAUACGAUCAAAUAUAAUUCUGAUGGUACUGUGUUACGUCCCAAAUCGAGACUAGUUGUCUGUGGAAACAGGCAGAAACAUGGGGUCGAUUACACGGAUACAUUCUCUCCUGUUGCAAAGAUGACGACAGUUCGGGUCUUCUUGGAUUAUGCUGCUAAAAAGAAUCAUGAAGUUCAUAAGAUGGAUGUUCACAAUGCAUUCCUUCAUGGAGAACUACAUGAGGAGGUGUAUAUGAAAAUCCCACAAGGUUUUCGAUCACCUAAUGAGACUCGGGUGUGUCGCCUUCGAAAAUCUCUUUAUGGUCUCAAACAGGCUCCUCGCUGUUGGUUUUCCAAACUUAAAGAUGCUCUCCUCAACUAUGGUUUCACGCAAACAAAGUCGGAUUACUCAUUUUUUGUGUAUUUUAAACAUGGUGUUUCCAUCAGAUUACUAGCUUAUGUCGAUGACUUGAUCAUCUCUGGGAGCAGUCCAGCCGAUAUUAAGUUACUUAAGGACUACUUGUCUGUGUGUUUUCACAUGAAAGACUUGGGGCUUCUCAAAUAUUUUUUGGGAAUCGAAGUAGCUAGGAGCGCUACUGGGUUCUAUUUAUGUCAAAGGAAGUAUGCAACUGAUAUUGUCACAGAGAUGGGAUUGCUUGGCUGCAAGCCUGCUGGAUCUCCAAUGGAUCAGAAUCAUCAACUAGGUCGAGUUAAAGGUCCGAUUAUUACUGAACCAGAACGCUAUCGUAGACUGGUGGGUAGACUGAUAUAUCUAGCUGCGACACGUCCAGAUCUUACCUACUCAGUGCACAUCCUUUCUCAGUUUAUGCAAGCACCGAUGGAAGAGCAUUGGCUUGCAGCAUUGAAAGUGGUGAGAUAUUUAAAGGGGACGCUUGGUCAAGGCAUUAUUCUCGAUGCAAAGUCAUCUCUUCAUGUUACUGGUUGGUGUGAUUCAGACUGGGGAGGCUGCUCUACUUCUCGUCGCUCACUCUCAGGUUGGGUAGUUCAGUUGGGAACAUCUCCAAUUUCAUGGAAAACAAAGAAACAGGACACAGUAUCAUGUUCCUCCGCAGAAGCUGAAUAUCGUGCUAUGGGGGCAAUUACUAAGGAAUUUAUAUGGUUUAAAGGGUUACUCAAGGAAAUGGGCGUUAAUCAUCCAGAGCCAAUGACGUUGCAUUGUGACAGUCAGCCUGCUAUAUAUAUCAGUUCCAAUCCAGUCUUUCAUGAACGUACGAAGAACAUUGAGAUUGAAUGUCACUUUAUUAGAGAUGAGAUUGUUAAAGGAGUUCUCAAGCUGACUUAUGUAACAACGAAAGAACAGCUUGUCGACAUUUUCACUAAAGCUUUGGGACGCAAGGAGUUUGACAUGUUUUUCUCCAAGUUGGGCAUUCGAAACUUACAUGCUCCAACUUGAGAGGGGGGGGGGGUAUUACGAGAGAUAUGAAGCUACCAUAUAUUCAUAUAUAUCUACUUUAUUAGAUAGUUUCCUAUUUGAUAGAUUUACAUUAUUCUCUCUAGGUUUACGCCUAUGAGCAUGAGACUAUAUAUACUCUGUAAUAUCGAGAUCAAUAACACAAAUUAACAUUCAGCAAUUCAUAAGUUUGUCGUGAUAAGAUUAUUUUGAAUAUUAAUGCCUUCCAUGUCGGGGUCUUGCAAAUCUCCUGUAAUGUUAAACCAUUCUUGUCCCAUAAAACAAAUCUUCCUCUUUGCAAGCUCCAUCCACGUAACACUCCAAAACUUAUUCAUAUGGGCGUUCGUAUGAGCCUCAAUAGCGUGGAACAUUCCAAAAAAAGGUGCAGAUCCGGAUCCCUCUAGGCAUCUUUGAAAAGAGAAAUGAGGUCUCGUAUUUUCUUAAAAUAAGAAAUAAAUUUGGGUAAGAUGGGAUAUUUCUAAUUAUAACAACAUAGCCAAAUAUAAAGAUGAAUUGAAAAUGCUCUAAGAGAUGAUCAAGCUCUCUCUAUGUAUCCAGUGGCGGACCCAGGAAAUUUUUUUACCUGGGUCAUAAUUCAAAUUCAUUUAAACAUUAAACCCAAUUAAAACAAAUAAUGAUUUUAUAUAAAAAAAAUAACAAAUAUCUGUGAAUGCUGAGGUUCGAACUAGGGAAAAGGGGUCACUGGGUUCAAACUAUAACCAACUGAGCCAACAUCCAAUACGUAAACAAGCUUACAAAUUAACGUUUUAUUUUUAACCUGUGUCAGUUGCACCCCCACCCAUCUACGUAGGUCCGCCUCUGUAUGUAUCAUCAUAUCAACAAUAACAAAAGCCAUUGUUAGGAAGAAAAAAAAAACUAGCCUUUUUCUGUUGACAGUAAUAACAAAAAAAAACAAAAUAAGAGAUUUACAUCACAAGAUGAAAAGAAGAAGGAACAUAAAGAGUUUAAAAGUGUACAGAAAGAUGUACACAAAGAAUCAAAGAUUUGGUAAAAAUCCUAAAAACAAACCCAAUAGUGUUGGUUGUUUGGUUGGUUAUCCCCUUCUUGCUUCUUUCUUCUCCCAUAAUAAAAUCAGAUACUGAAUAUUUUGCUUUUGAUUCGCUUUUUCUUUCCCGUAUUGUUAGAGAUUAUCAGCAGUCAGUU